AUGUCCUCUCGCGACAAGACUCCCCCUAAGGCGACCGGCCCACAGUCGAUACCUCUUCGAGAUCUCUCAAGACCUCCCGAUGGCGGAUCAGACGAAACUGAUAUCUCAAUCAGCGCAGUGUUAGGCCACAAGCAGAGACAUAGUCGCACCAGGUCCUUGCUAGUCGGACGUCGGACCCCCAAUUACGCUCGAUUGGAUGACGAGGAGUCACCAGCAAGAGGAGGGCCUUCAGAAACUGUUGGAAUUUCUGUGGGAGGAGGGAGUGGUAGGGAAUCCCCCCUCGAAGAUGUAGGGGGGUUUGCAGUGGCGACGGUCGGAUUAGAUCUUCAGCUACCUUCAACGCCGCCCAGUGUUGGGUUACGACGACCGAGCAUUAUCACUACGCAUGCUGAUGGGGACCUUCAUGAAGUGGAAAGUCCCUUCUCGCCUCCAGACUCCGAUACCACUCCCCUGACGACUUCGCGCCACCUGCCGUCCUCUCUUAAGACAUCUAGCUCCAUAUCCAGAGGCCAGAGGCAUGAUAGACAAGGAAAAGGGUCAAGCGUUCACUGGACGGAUGGUGAAUCCCCUUCCGUCAUACGUGGGCGCAAUUCGCGCCUCGGGGACGAUCUCCCAACUCUCGAUACAAGCGCUGGAAUGCAUCGCAAAUUGAGUUCUGCGAGUGGGAUCAGUCGUCUGACUUCCACUCAAGGCGACUCUGGUGAAAGAUCGAGGUCUUUGUCGCCAUCUCCGUCCCCAAUGGCAAGGGCAAACUCCAUGCUGCGAGAGAUCUCACAACGUGUGGUCAACCUGAGUAAUGAUUCCGAUAUGGUCGAGCAGAGUAUCCGGCGUAAGUCUUCUAUACGGCAACACAGGCGCCCAAGUACCUCUGCCCAUCCUUUGCCUAAUAUCCAAGACGAAGAAGGAGCACAACCCCAGCAAGCCCCUCUGGAGAAGGCCCCGUCAGCCGAAGUUUUUACUGAAGCCUUCACCCCAAUAACCCCAGUUUACCACCCGAAUCCGCUGGUCGGCAAAACCUGGGGUAUUUUUGGGUCAGAGAACCCCCUCCGCAAGUGGCUGUGUGAAAUCCUCGUCCAUCCCUUGACCGAACCCACCAUUUUGGCUCUGAUCGUCGCCCAGACCGUGUUACUGGCCGUCAACGCUGCAUCCGAUGCUGUUUACCUACAGACUCGGACAAAGCGAUGGGGACGCACUAGUUUUGACUACGCCAUCUUCGGGUUGUUUGUGAUCUAUACUCUGGAACUCAUUGCCCGAACUAUUGUGUCCGGAUUCAUCUCGAAUCCUCUGGAGUUCAGCACGAUAAAUCGAUCUGUCGGCUUCAAGAAGGCUGUUCUUCAAAAGGCUCACAUUCUAUUCGCUCCCCAGGAAGCUCGAGAGACGCCAAUGAUGGUCAAUGAUGCACCCACCCAGCCAUCAAUUGUUCGCACCUUCACAGGAGUCCCCGAUCCUGGAGGUCCAGGCCAUACAAAGCAGCAACAAAGAAUACGUUUGGCCCGUCGCGCCUUUCUACGACAUUCCUUCAAUCGACUCGACUUUGUCGCAGUUGUUUCCUAUUGGAUCUCUUUCGUAAUGCAGAUCAGCGGCGUUGAAAAUUCGAGUCACGUUUAUGUCUUCAAUAUGCUCAGCUGCCUCCGAAUUCUACGUCUACUGGGCCUUACCGCCGGGACAUCAAUCAUCCUACGAAGUCUGAAGAAAGCAGCCCCUCUCCUAGUUCACGUUGCCUUUCUCAUAGGCUUCUUUUGGUUGAUAUUUGGCAUCGUUGGUGUGCAAAGCUUCAAAUCAAGCCUCCGGCGUACCUGUGUCUGGGUUGGGAAUGACGGUUCCGGUCAAAACUACAGCCUCAAUAUCGCGCCCGACAACAUUCAGUUUUGUGGGGGCUACCUCGAUGCUGUGACAGGAGAAGCGAUGCCGUGGCUUAAAGGCGACGGCUCGAAUGGAACGGGUAGCUCUAAAGGAUAUAUCUGCCCGCAAGGCUCCUUGUGCGUCGAAGGGUUCAGUGGCCCCUACAACGGCACAGUCAGCUUCGACAAUAUCGGCCAGUCGCUCGAGCUCGUUUUUGUGAUAAUCAGCUCCAACACCUUUUCCGAUCUCCUUUACUAUCUUACGGACUCGGAUUACCUUGCUGCAGCACUAUUCUUUGCAGCUGGCAUUGUCGUUCUGAGCUUGUGGCUUGUCAACUUGUUGGUCGCAGUUAUCACAUCGUCAUUCCAGAUCAUCCGCGAGGAGAGCAGGCAAAGCGCAUUCACAGCUGAACACAUUGAUGCACCACUCUUCGAUGACGAUCAAAGGGCGAAACGGAGCCAGUUGAAGAAGUUUUAUGAUAAAACCCAUCCCUUUUGGGUUCUCAUCAUUGUCUUCGACCUGAUCGUCCAAAGUCUGCGUAGUGCAAGCAUGGGCGACAGCCGCGAGACUUUUAUCAUGGACUGCGAGACGGUUGUCACAUUCCUUCUGCUUCUGGAGAUCAUCAUGCGCUUCUUAUGUGACUGGAGACGUUUCUUCCAUGGGAAAAGGAACUGCGUUGAUCUUUUGCUCGCUAUCGUCACUACAGCCAUGCAAAUUCCAGUGAUUCGCAACUCUGGUCAGCCAUACGCGUGGCUCUCAGCAUUUCAAAUUGCCCGUAUUUAUCGAGUCGUCCUCGCAGUCAGGGUCACAAGAGAACUAGUCAUGGUUGUGUUUGGCAAUAUUGUCGGUCUCUUGAACCUGAUCUUGUUUGUAUUCCUCUUCACUUUCCUGGCCGCCAUCCUCGCCUCGCAACUAUUCAGAGGGGAUAUUCCAGCAGCAGAUGCCGGUGGUGUCGUGAUUGGUGUGACAUUCUUCGACAUCUGGAACUCCUUCCUAGGAAUGUACCAAGUCUUUUCGAGUGAGAAUUGGACUACUCUGAUGUACAAUGCUACCCAAUUCAACAACAUCUGGGACACGGCGUGGCUGAGUGCCGUUUUUUUCAUCCUCUGGUUCGUGGUGUCAAACUUGAUUGUGUUGAACAUGUUUAUUGCUGUCAUCCAAGAGAGUUUUGACGUGUCUGAGGAUGAGAAACGUUUGCAACAGGUGAAGGCCUUUUUGAAGCAGAAAGAAAUGACUGGUUCGGCUUCUGGGAACCUUUCACUCGCCGCAGUCUUCAAGAUGGGACGUGAAUCAAUCAGACACCGGGAUGCUCUGGAAUACGGCUCAGCAACAGUUGAACAGCUCCUCAAGGAGGCUGUGGUGAAGGACUUCCUGGAUGAACAAGACGAGGGCCUUGCAAGGAGGACGACAUCAAUGCACCUCGACGAAAUGCCAACCGUCAAACCUGGCUUUUUGUCCAAGUACUGGGGCAAGAUAACUGGUUUUUACGGUCAAGGAGAACCGAAUCCGUUCUAUUCGAGCGCAAAAAUCAGUCGAGCAAACGAGGAUUUUGACCCAAGAGCUGUGGCAAAAAGAGUGGUCAUGACAACCGAGAACCGUCGACGUGCACAACGCCAGUAUUUGCAAAAACACCCGAAGUACAACGUGUCACUGUACAUCUUCAAGCCAGACAAUCCGGUGAGAAAGCUGUGUCAAUACCUAGUCGGUCCGGGGCGAGGAACUGAGCGCGUGGAGGGCGUCUCGCCUUACAGACCUGCUUGGUACGCCUUCUCCGCCUUCACAUAUGCUGCUAUCGUCGCGAUGGUCAUAUUAGCCUGCAUCACCACGCCCUUGUAUCAACGUGAUUACUACUUGAACAAUACGUUGAGCAUCACUAAUUGGUUUGUCUGGACUGAUUUGGGUUUCGCAAUACUCUUCACAGUCGAAGCGAUCAUCAAAAUCAUUGCGGAUGGACUCUUUUUCACGCCACACGCCUACUUUCGAAGUGUCUGGGGCUUCAUUGACGGUGUUGUCCUCAUUACGCUUUGGAUCAACGUUAGCACUGCUAUGCUCCGCGAUGACGGUGUUUCUCGAGCUGUCGGGGCCUUCAAAGCGCUAAGGGCUUUACGCUUACUCAACAUUAGUGACACUGCACGAGAGACGUUUUACUCGGUUAUCAUUGUUGGUGGAUACAAAGUCCUUGCAGCCGCGUUUGUUUCCAUGAGCUUGCUGAUUCCGUUCGCCAUUCUGGGAGUAAAUCUAUUUAAUGGCAAGAUGCAGGCUUGCAAUGAUGGCAAUUUCGGUUACAAUGCCUUGAGCAAUUGCGUGGGAGAGUACAACUCUACGCCCUUCAACUGGCCUGUACUGGCUCCCAGGCAGGUUGCGAACCCGUGGUUCGACUUCGACGACUUCGGCAGUGCUUUAUUCAUCCUUUUCCAGAUCGUCUCUCAAGAAGGUUGGGUCAAUGUGAUGUGGUCCGGGACCAGUAUCACUGGCACGGGAUUACAACCACAGCCAUUUGCUGCGCAGGGAAAUGCAGUCUAUUUUAUCAUAUUCAAUUUGUUAGGCGCAGUUUUUGUCUUGACCCUGUUCAUCUCUGUGUUCAUGCGAAAUUACACAGAGCAGACAGGGGUCGCCUUCUUGACGGCAGAACAACGGUCCUGGCUGGAACUGCGGAAACUCUUGAAGCAGAUCUCACCUUCCAAGCGAUCUCUCGGUGAGCAGACCAACAAAUGGAAGAAAUGGUGCUAUGACCUAUCGAUCCAGAAACGGGGCAAAUGGCAAAGGUUCAUCACCACGGUAUUGAUCCUCCACCUAAUUCUUCUCACCAUCGACUUUUAUCCUGAGCCAGCGUGGUGGGAAACUGUGCGGGAAUACAUUUUUCUUGGGUUUACGAUUGUGCUGAUCGCCAAUAUCAUAAUCAGGAUAAUUGGCCUCUCAUGGAAUCGAUUUCGACGGAGCUCAUGGGAUAUCUACUCGAUCCUUGCAGUAUCAGGAAUCUUCAUCAUGUCCCUGAUCUCCCUGUCGAAGGUCAACAGCGGAAGUUUCCAACAGCUCCGCAAACUUUUCCUCGUCUCAGUCACGUUUCUCCUUAUCCCGCGGAACAACCAGCUCGACCAGCUUUUCAAGACCGCCGCCGCUUCGCUCCCACUGAUCGCCAAUCUGCUUGCAACAUGGUUCGUUUUGUUCCUAGUCUACGCGAUUGCCUUCACCCAAGCGUUCGGUCUCACUCGUUUUGGACAAAAUGAGAGUAACAAUGUCAACUUCCGCACCGUCCCGAAGGCCCUCAUCCUGCUGUUUCGGACCAGUAUCGGGGAAGGGUGGAAUCAAAUCAUGGAAGAUUUUGCUGGUCUUGAACCACCUUUCUGCGUAAGGGAAAACAGUUUCUUCGCGAGCGACUGUGGCAGCCCCGCCUGGGCCAGGUCUCUUUUCAUCUCGUGGAACAUUAUCAGCAUGUACAUUUUCGUGUCUCUGUUUGUCUCGAUGAUUUUCGAGAGCUUUUCCUAUGUCUAUCAGCAGAGCAGUGGGAUGUCCAUCGUGAGUCGAGAUGAGAUUCGACGCUUCAAACAAGCCUGGGCAGAGUUCGAUCCAAAUGGGACGGGUUUCAUUUCGAAGGAGCAAUUCCCUCGGCUUUUAGGGGAACUCUCCGGUAUCUGGCAGAUGCGAAUCUACGAUGGUGACUUCACCGUGGGAGCAAUCAAAGAGGACUGCUCAGUUCAGCCAGGUGACCCUGUCAAACCAGCAGGGAGAAUAGUAGACGGCAUGGAUCUCGACAAGUUGGCCGAACGUACUAACCAAAUUCCCAUUGCAGAGAUUCGGCAGAGACGUGCACGGAUCAACGUGUUCUAUCAAGAGGUGAUGUUAACCGCGGAUCCGGACCGUGGGAUUCCAUUCACAGCGGUGCUUUUCCUGUUGACGCACUACAAUGUGAUCACAGAUUCUCGAAGUCUGCGAUUGGAAGAGUUUCUUCGGCGGCGAGCCCGUCUUCAAAGAGUUCAGGAAAGUAUCCGCAGAAACACCGUGGUCGGCUUCUUCGACACCUUACAUUGGUCUCGAAAGUUUCAGAAAGCGGUCGAAAGGCGAAGAAGUUCCCGCCUGGUGGCGCCGCCUUCCAUUCCUGUUCCUGAGAUCUUUAUCGAGGAUCCAGAUGACAAUAUGGAAGGGAGUAGCGGCACGGAGCCACGCGAUUUCACCACAAGCACGCCUUCGUACACUCCAAAAAAACAGUCAGUGAACCUACCACCCAUCGAUACAUCCAUGCCUCCUUCGGGUUCUUUGCGAAGCGCGUCACCGGUGGAAUUUGACGGCUCGCCUCGAGGCAGCCCAAUACGGGUGAGAUUGGGAUCAGUGGAUACUAGCUAUCAUGGAGCAACGAGAUCUUCUCCAACGACACCGACGCUUGACCACAGUCGACACAGCAGUAAUGCCAGCGGGCUAGAUGGGCAAGGCAUGAUGGAAAGCUUUGACAACUCGGCAUGGGGUGAGAGUAUCCGCAGAAGCUUCACCACUAGGAGAAUACGGAGCAACAGCACCCGCGGAUGA